GACCCCAAUUUUGUUUCUUCAAUAUUUGCUCAUUGAAAUGCCUGCCACAACGCGACAAAACUACGGCACUCGAGUCCAUAAUUGUUUGUCCCGUCGCAAAUCAUUUUGCUUGUUAUCGAGAAAACGCGAAAAAUGCUGAGCUAGCCGCUCUUAAAGGAUUCAAAUUGAACCGUCGAGCGUUUCAGAAAGUCAUUCAACAGAAUAUAAGUGGAAAAAAUGAAUGAUGCUCCAGUCAUCAAUUCUAUUUAAAAGCAUAGAAAGAUAGCACCUUUUUCAGAGCCUCGAGGUGGCGGUGGUGUAUUAGAAUGAAAGAGCACCCUCUAGGGGGCGCUGGCAAAUUGAAAUGAACACGUGCCGUCUUUCCAUAAUCUCGAUGACUGAGUCUAUUUAUGAAAUGAAAAUGUUUUUUUUUUUUUGUCCCCCCCGUUCUCCGGGUGGGCACUUACGUUUCCUCGCCAUCCUCAAAACAUGCAACAUUCAUUGGAGUCUCUAAAUUGCUCCCGUCAGUGUCACUGUCGUCUGUCUCCGUGCGCCCCGUGAUUGGCUGGCGACCAGUUCAGGGUGUACCCCGAAGACAGCUGCGAUUGUCCCCAGGAUAAGAUAGUCGGAAAAUCUUUACAAUGAAUCAGUAAACCGGUUUAAUGAAGAUGAAAGUCAUGCGCGGCGUUUGACUUUCUUUUUCUGUAUUAUGGACAAUAAAUCAAUGAGGCGAAGGAGCAAGUUCGAUCGAAAGCAUUUUGGGAAUAUUGGCGUACUCGUCGAAGGUGAAGUUUUGAUGAAGUCGGCCGUGUCCUUCUGACCUUGGUUUGUCCCCCCCCAGAACGCGGACGUCGAGCAGCUCUCUGCGCAGGCCUCCGAAGCGGAGACGUGGGCCAAUCAGCUUCUCCGACGGAAGGAGGCGCGCCACGGGUCGUCCUCAUGUCGCUCCAGCUGCCUUUAGCGUUCCAAGCGGCGGAGAGACCCUCAUGGCGUUGUCACCAUGCACCAGAGGUGUCUGUGACGUGGCUGCCAUUUUUUUUUAUUCCCGUAAUAAAUGCUGCGGUUUCUGUCAUAGGAAGGAAGAUGUGUGAAUUUGUUACACUGUGGCUAAUAUCGUGCGUCUUUACCGUUAUUGUAUAAAGUGUUUAUGCACUUGUACAUUUUCACAAUUUGAAGGGCAAAGCGUGGAGGUUUUUUUUGUUUGUUUGUUUUUUUUUUUAAUGAGGUGCUUUAUUUAAGCGGACCCUGUCACUAUGUGCUAGCACGACAAAAAGCAAAAAGUUGCCGUUGGUUGAUGUUCCAAUUUUUUUCUAGUUCUGUCACGCAGAUUGUAAACGAGCCAAAUGCAAGGCCGUUGGAGGAUUCCUUCACGGAAGCGCGUAAAUGUUAAAGCUUCCGUUGCGUCACUUUAACAUUGCCGUUAUUGAAUGAAGUUGCCAGAAAGGACCGAAUUGUUCCUGAUUGGCGUUUCUCGCACGGCCUUGAACGCAGCACCGCGGAGCGGGUCUUCAUCCUCACCGUGCGCUCGGCAGCGAGGACCAACCACCAUUGUCUCCUGUCCUCUGCGCUCCUUUCGCUCUUAAGUCGAAGGCGCGCCGCCAUGGACCAGAACCAGGACCUGCAGGCCGUCGCUCAGGUGCGACAAGAAGAAGAAGAAGAAGAAGCUGCAGCAGCAGCGGAAGCGCCUGCACCGAAGCAGCCCGAAGAGCGGCGAGACGAGGCUGGGGAUGCCGACGCGACGGAGGCCGACGUCAGCGAGGUGGUCCUGGACCAGCAGGACGUCGACGAGGACCCGGAGAAGCGGCCCAUGACCGGGGACGCGCAGGCGGAGAAGAACGGCUGCGUCAAGCUCAACGUGGACGGCGACGGCGGCGAGUUCACCGGGCUGAAGAAGGACGAGCUGCUGCGGGUGGCGGGCACACCCGGGUGGGUGCGCACACGCUGGGCCCUGCUGGUUCUGUUCUGGCUGGGCUGGUUGGCCAUGCUGGCGGGCGCCACGCUCCUCAUCCUGCGGGCGCCGCGCUGCCGGGAGCUGCCCGCCACCCGCUGGUGGAACCGGGGGGCGCUCUACCGCGUGCCCAGCGUCCGAGCCUUCAGCGACGCCGGCGACAUCAGAGGCGUGCGUGAGAAGGUGGAUGCCUUGUCCCAGCUGAGGUUGAGCGGUUUGGUGCUGGGGCCGGUCCACGUGGCCCCGCCCGACGACGCCGCCGCGCUCAGCUUUCAGGAGAUCGCGGCUGAGGCCGGAAGUCUGGAGCAGUUCAGGGAGCUUCUGGGCGCCGCGCACAGGAAGGGCAUCUGUGUGGUUUUGGAUCUGACUCCGAACUACCGCGGCUCCAGCGGGUCCUGGUUCUCCGACGCCAGCGUGACGGUGGUGGCCGAGAAGCUGAAGUCUGCGUUGGUGUUCUGGUUCAGCGAAGGCGUGGACGGCGUUCAGCUGGCGGACGUGGACUACGCGGCCGCCGCCGUGCCGUCUCUGUGGGCCGACAUCCGGGCCAUCGUCCAGAACGGGACCAACGAGCGGCCCACCAGGAGACUUUUGAUGGGCGCGACCGAGCGUCGCGCCGCCACGGACGUUUCCGGGGUCCUGUCGUCCAGCGGCGUGGACCUCCUGACGUCCGGGCUCUUGCUGGACGGGGACGCGUCGGAGCUGGCGCGCUCCGUCCAGGACUUGUACGACGCCCACCCUCAGACGCGGCUGGCCUGGAACCUGGGGGGUCGCGGCCGGGGUCACCUGGCCUCGCUGGUGGGCCCGGCGCUGGUCCCGCUUUACCAGUUGCUGCUCUUCACGCUGCCGGGGACGCCCGUGCUGGAGUACGGCGACGAGAUCGGCCUGACGGACGACGGCACGAAGUUUCCCAGGAUGAUUUGGGACUCGGCGGAGGACGAGCUGAAUGGAACCCAGAAGGAGGCUCGCGCCCGCCGCGCGUCCUCUCGCGCCUUCGUGCGCCGCGUGAGCGAGGCGCGCGCCAAAGAGCGCUCCCUGCUGUUCGGGGACUUCGUGGCGGUGGCCAACUCGUCGUCCUCGCUGGCCUUCGUCCGCUCGUGGGACCAGAACGCCGCCUUCCUGGCCGCCUUCAACUUUGACCGGCGCGAGGCCCGGCCGGAGCCCGUCCGCGCGGCGCUGCCCCGGGUGGCCGAGGUGGUCCUCGCCACCGACCCGACGAGGGGCGCCGGCGCGGACCCGGCCGCGCUGCGUCUGGCCGGCGGGGAAGCGCUGCUGCUCAAGCUCCCCUCGGCCGGUUAGGCCUCUCGACGUGCUCGUGUUUGCUCUGUGAAGAAAUGACAAAUAAAUGUCAACCCCGCCUGACGGUGGCGCCCGCUUCUCGUCUGAGUUUGUUCGCUGCUCACAUUCGUCCGUCCUCCCUCCGCGAGGAAGGAUGCCAACGAAGCGGAGACGUCGAA